AGAGGCGCCAUAUUGGCGUCGGCCGCGCUGUAUUGUCAUAAAUAGAGCCGGUUUUCUGGUGUUUUCACUACUCGGUUGGAUGCCUCGGCCGUAGUAAGUGAGACAGUGAGCGAGCAAGCGAGCUACAAGCGAGCGGAGGAAAGUGGACAGGAGGAGAAGGGAAGAGCAAGAACAGGACUCCAGAGCGAAAGACUCGCCGGUGAGGGAGGCGCAGGAAGCGAUGAAAGAGAUGUCUGCAAACACCGUGCUGGACAGCCAGCGUCAACAAAAGCAUUAUGGAAUCACCUCUCCAAUUAGCUUGGCAUGUCCAAAAGAAAUUGAUCAUAUUUACACACAGAAAUUAAUUGAUGCCAUGAAACCAUUUGGAGUAUUUGAAGAUGAGGAAGAAUUGAACCACAGGCUGGUUGUUCUUGGUAAACUGAACAAUUUAGUGAAAGAAUGGAUUUCUGAGGUCAGUGAGAGUAAGAAUCUCCCACCUUCUGUUGUGGCUACUGUUGGUGGAAAAAUUUUCACCUUUGGCUCCUAUAGGCUUGGAGUACACACCAAAGGAGCUGACAUUGAUGCACUUUGUGUUGCUCCAAGACAUGUGGAGAGAUCUGAUUUUUUUCAGUCUUUUUUUGAAAAAUUGAAACAUCAAGAUGGCAUUAGAAACUUAAGAGCUGUAGAAGAUGCCUUUGUGCCUGUUAUAAAAUUUGAAUUUGAUGGAAUUGAAAUUGAUCUAGUCUUUGCAAGACUGUCAAUACAAACCAUAUCAGAUAAUUUAGAUCUAAGAGACGACUCUCGACUGAGAAGCCUUGAUAUAAGGUGUAUUCGCAGCCUAAAUGGGUGUAGAGUUACUGAUGAAAUUUUGCAUUUAGUGCCAAAUAAAGAAACUUUCAGACUCACCCUAAGAGCAGUCAAACUAUGGGCAAAACGACGUGGUAUUUAUUCCAACAUGUUGGGAUUCCUUGGUGGUGUCUCCUGGGCAAUGCUAGUUGCAAGAACUUGCCAAUUAUAUCCAAAUGCAGCAGCUUCCACUUUAGUUCAUAAGUUCUUCUUAGUUUUUUCCAAGUGGGAAUGGCCAAAUCCUGUGCUGCUAAAGCAACCGGAAGAAAGCAAUUUGAACUUGCCAGUUUGGGAUCCUCGGGUAAAUCCAUCAGAUAGGUAUCAUCUCAUGCCCAUAAUCACCCCUGCCUACCCACAACAGAAUUCUACGUAUAAUGUGUCCACAUCAACUCGAACAGUAAUGGUAGAAGAAUUUAAACAAGGUCUCGCAGUCACAGAUGAAAUUCUUCAAGGGAAAUCAGAUUGGUCCAAACUCCUUGAGCCACCAAAUUUUUUCCAAAAGUAUAGACAUUAUAUAGUAUUGACUGCCAGUGCAUCAACAGAAGAAAAUCAUCUAGAGUGGGUUGGAUUAGUAGAAUCUAAAAUACGUGUACUUGUUGGAAAUUUGGAACGGAAUGAAUUUAUUACUCUUGCCCAUGUAAAUCCCCAAUCAUUCCCAGGAAAUAAGGAACAUCAUAAAGACAACAAUUACGUAUCAAUGUGGUUCCUUGGAAUAAUUUUUCGGAGAGUAGAAAAUGCAGAAAGUGUUAAUAUAGACUUGACAUAUGAUAUACAGUCAUUUACUGAUACAGUGUACAGACAGGCAAACAAUAUAAACAUGCUAAAGGAGGGAAUGAAAAUUGAAGCAACUCAUGUUAAAAAAAAACAACUUCAUCACUACCUUCCCGCAGAGAUACUUCAGAAGAAGAAAAAGCAGAGUCUUUCUGAUGUCAGUCGAAGUUCAAGUGGACCUCAAUCCAAAAGAUCAUCUCUGGAUAGCAAUUGUUUGGAUAGCUCCAGAGACACUGAUAAUGGAACACCUUUUAAUUCCCCAGUGUCUACAAACAAGCCUUCCAAGCCUGAUAUUCCUCCUUCAGCAGAGACAGAAAGGAAUAAUGCUGAGCCUGCUGCUGUAGUUGUGGAAAAGCCACUGACUGUCCCGCCAGCUCAAGGGCUGUCUAUUCCCGUCAUUGGUGCAAAAGUUGACUCUGCAGUAAAAGCUGUAUCACCUCCAGCUGUGUGUACCAUUCCUACGGUAGUAGGACGAAAUGUCAUUCCUAGAAUCACAACACCCCACAGCCCUGCCCAGGGGCAGCCACAUCUAAAUGGAAUGUCAAAUAUAACUAAGAAUGUUACCCCCAAAAGAUCCCACUCCCCAUCCAUAGAUGGGUCUUCUAAGAGGUUGAAAGACAUAGAAAAGUUUAUUCGACUUGAAUCACCGUUUAAGGAAUCACGUGCUGCUGAAGACAGAAAAAGAAAAUCAGUGGAUGCCAUUGGAGGAGAAUGUAUGCCUAUUCCAACUAUUGAUACAUCACGCAAAAAGAGACUGCCCAGUAAAGAACUACCAGAUUCAUCAUCUCCAGUUCCAGCAAAUAACAUCCGUGUCAUCAAAAAUUCCAUUCGACUCACCCUAAAUCGAUGCUGUAGCAUUCUCUCAUUGAUUGCUACAUACAGUUCUCUGAGGAUCACCUGCUAUCAAAUUAUCAUCUACAAUAUUAUGGCUUUGCGUUGGAGGUUUUACUGCCUUAACUUUCGAUGCUUGUUUCUCUGUUGUGGGAACCAGUUCUUGGCUCUCUGGACACUGAUAAAACAAGUCCUGAACACCGCCCCCCUCUUUUUUUUAAGUCUUAUGUUGUAAUCAUUGUAUAGAACUAAAAAAGUUGAAAACAAAAAAAAACAAAACAAAAAAUGUAAUUUUCCAAAUGUUAACACAUUUACUUUAUCAUUGAAGCCACUUUGUGAAACCUGAGAUAAAUGAAUGUGAGGUAUCUUCUCUGCUUUCCUCAUUUGUGUAGAUGUACUUAUUGUCUGUUCUGUUGAUUUAAAUUAUUUUUUCUCAGAUUGGCACACGGAAUAUUUAAAUUUUUAUUGUGCCUUUCUAUCCAAAUGUUGCAUAGUUACCAGGGAGGAUUAGUCCAGUGAUUACAUAAGAGUUGGGCACCAUAAAUUCUCUAUAUUUUGCCUCCCAUGGAGGCCUUUGAAAUGCAUCUUUAUUAAGAAUCAAAAUAUGACCAGGAUACUGAAAGUCAGUAUAUGAACGGUGAAAUUGUUACAUAUCCUAUCUCACGCCAUUUCUUGUUAGUUGACUGGUAUUUUUUACUGAGGAGCAACUCAUUCCGGCAUCAACAGUAAGAUGCCUUUAAGUAUGGCAAACUUGUAUUUUUGAAGUGUACGAUUAACUUGGCAUGAUACUUCCUGACCAUUACUUACCGCCACAACUUCAAACAGUUCCUCCGUGGACUAGGCAUGCAGAAAUGAGCAGUGGAUUUUAUUGAAACCUAAAGGCAUUUUUGAAUGACAUUGUUACCAACCAUUAAUUGGCUCAGGACCUUUGUAAUUUUUAUUUAAAUAUAUGAGUUGUCUUUUUUUACACUGCUUUUUUCAGUGCAUUUCUUAAUAUUUUUUAAGUUUCAUGAACGCAUGCUCCAUUUAUUAAAAUCCAUAACCAUGUAAUUCUUCUUGUAAUAUGUUGAUUCAGUGUUUUGUAAAUGAAGUCGUAUGUAUUUUCAGAGUAUUUUUGUAUGUACUGUAAGAUACCAUCUUUUCAAAGAGAAAACUUUAAAACCUUUA